GAGGCUCUCGCGGGCCGCCUGCUGGUGCACCGGAUUGGGCGGAGGGAGGAAGGCUCACACGAUUGGAGGAGUGGAGCGCCAAACUUGUUGACUCAUAACCGAGCUGCUCGUCAGCAUCCUCCUCCUCCUCACCACCAUCAUCAUCAUCACCAUCAUCCUGCUGGACCACUGAGCUGCCGCUCCACGCGCCACAUCCAGGACUACUUCCAUCGUGCACGUUGUGAACAUUCCCUCAACCAAUCCGGGAGCUUCGGGUGUUGCUGGCGCUGCUGUUGCUGGUUUUGACACGGAAGGUGUGAAAAGCCGUCACCCUCUCUCGAGUCCGCAACUUCUAGACCAGGAAGGACCCCCGCCAGCCCCCGACAAGAAGUGAUGGCGUUCAUGGUGAAGCACAUGGUGGGGGGCCAGCUGAAGAACCUGACCGGCGGCCUGACGGAGGAGAAGCCCGAGGCGGAGAAGUCCGAAGCGGCGGCGCAGGGGAUGACCCAGGAGGAGUUCGAGCAGUACCAGCAACAGUUAGAGGAGGAGAAACAAGAACGGGAGGCCAGUUUCGCCCAGAAGAAGGCCGAGAGAGCCACAGUGAGGAGUCAUUUUCGGGAAAAGUACAGACUACCAAAGAACGAGAUGGACGAGACCCAGAUCCAGCAGGCGGGCGACGACGUGGUCCUGCCCACCGAGCUGGCCAAGAUGAUCGCCGAGGACGGCCAGGAGGAGGCGCACAAGCAGUCGGUGCUGGGCCAGCUGUCCAACCUGCAGAACGUGGACAUGGACCAGCUGAAGGACAAGGCCCAGGCCACGCUGGAGGACCUCAAAAAGCAGACGGAGAACUGCAUCCUCAUGUGAUGUCGUGAUGACGCGUGACGGCCUCUGGAAGGGCGGAGCUUCUUCUGGAAAGGAGGAAGUAGUUUGCUUGUCUCGUUUCUUUGUUGCUCAUAUUUGUCAAGCUCAUUUUACACACGAAAUAACUGGUCCGUAACUAUUUUUGCUGUUUCUGACGACCUAAAAGUACAACAAAAAUGGUUCAACCGCAUCGACCAAAAGAUCGGGAUUUACCGUCCCGAAGCUUUUGUGUGCUUGAAGACGAUGGCUUCAUUUUACGUUACGUUUUAGCUAGCUUUUAAAAAUGUCUUUUUGGGGGGAAAAAUUCCCAUAGAAAUGACAAAACACUUGACUAAAACAACAGAAAAGGCUGUAAAGCAGAUGCCAGACCACUAGUUGGCGACGAAACAGUACGUACGUAUUUGCGAAACAACUGCUUUCCCUUGCAGAUCUUAUCUGAAACGCUGAAAAGACAAAAGCCACGACAUUUUUGUUGCGGCCGUUGGACGUCCUCGUGUUGUCGCACACUUAGCACGCUAGCACAUAUCCUGUUUUUUUUUUUUGCGUUAAUUGAAAAAGUGUCCUGAAAGGCACUCUUCCUCGUCUUAGAGAAGCUCCGCCUUUUCCAAAACUGCAAACCGUGCUUGCAACGAUCGCUAACAUCAGCCGCGAUUUUUUUUGAGAAGUUGAAUUUACGAAAUAAGAGGGGUUAAAAAAAACAAAAAAACACAAAGACAAAAGCUCAUUUCACGCAAGCAAUAAAGACGGCUUUUUUUCCCGCGUCGUCGUUCGGCGUCUGCUUGAACGGCGUUGACGCAGAAUCGGCGGACAAAGUUGUCCACCCGUUGGGAGGUAGUAUCGAGUAACAGAGGCCUCCUGUGUGAAAGGGUGUUUCGCAAUGCCGGGACAACGCCCGCUCUGUUGUGUUGAGAGUAACCGUCUUUGGUACCUCCCAACGGAUGCUAAAGCUGCUUCGCGGGAUGCUGUGUGAAAGGCACGAGGUGACAUCUUGCGCCUCUCUGCUGGGCCAUCUCUGUGUGAAAGUGGCAACUUUUUUCUCGUUUUUAAUCGUUUCUUGUCAAAUAACUUGUUGCGUUAGGAACUUUACCAGGCGCAAUGCAAUACAUGAAGGGAUUUUUUGGACAUUUAAGAGCGUCUUUCAGCGUUAGACCAUCUUUGCUGCUCUUUCACUUCAACUCAUACACUACAGAUAUGUGUACAGUUUGUGUUUCCCUCACACAACCAACCUACACCGCAGUGAGGGCGUCUGUCUUAAUCAAAUACCGUAAAUGCUCCAAUUAAACACACAUCAUCAACGCAACCAGGGAGUUUGGCAUUAAUUGUAGCCUUUACGGUAUUCAUCUGAAAAUAAAAAGCUGCUGUCACGCUUUAGAGGCCAAAGCCUUUGGUGUAAAAUACGCGAGUCCGAUGUUUGUGUCCGUUUUUGUGGCGAUAUUUCUGUUGUUUCGUCUGCACAGUCGGGGGGAGGGGGCGGGGCUGCCACCUCUAACCCCUUCCGCCGUCAAACGCCGUCCCAGUGGUGCCGUUUUCGUAUCGAUGGACUUGCUGUCGUUCAGCCCGUGUUGACGUGUCGAGUGAUGUCUCGGUGAACCUUGUCCGGAGGGUUGCCAGGUUUAGCUUUCGCGUAGAACUUUGUACGUGUUGUUAUUUAUAGUCGCAUUGGAGGAGCGCCGCGUGGACAAAUGUAUUGGGACGAUUUGUGACGUGCUUUUGUCCGUCAAACGCAAAGCCGAGGGAGAACGCGUGGUUCUUGUCACGUGAUAGAAGAAAAGGUAGCAAUAAGUCAUUUUUUUAACAUCGCUACUACACAAUAUCUACCGUAAUACUAUACUAAUGAUAAUAACAAUAAAUGGGGAAGUGAAGCCAUAAGCUGUGUGUGUGUGUGUGUGUGUGUGCGUACUAAUGGUUACCAAGACAACCAGUGUACAAAUGUAACAAUUAUCGUGUCGUCAUCCCGUGCAGGUCAUAUAUUCAGGAAGUGGCUGCUUUUGUUUUGGCCAUCAAAUACUCUCAAUGUCUGUCAUUCCGUCUCUUAAUAUGUCAGUGUUGUUUUGGGGGGAGGCGUAACUGCAAUAAACAUUUUUAAGAUAA